AUGUUUACUUUGAGACUUCUUGCUUUGAUUGGUGGUAUCUUUGGUGAAGAGAUCAGCCAGCGUGGUGGUGAGACUGGACUGGGUCUUCCUCAGGUUUUGCCUGACUUGAAACCCGUGGAUGAUGCGCAAAGAUGGGCUGAUAGAACGAAGACGAGUACUUUGACAAAGGACGCCAAGCCAAGAGUUGUUUACGGAGAAAGGUACUUCCAGACCCGGCAGCCAGAGGUGUGUAACUUCCCCAUGGAGAUUGUAAUCUUGCAAGACCUUACUGAUUCUUUCUCUGACAACAUUGUGCAGAUGAAGAAUGUGCAGCUCCACCAGAUGAUUGAUGGGCUCGCACAGAGUCACCCUGGCAGCAAAUUCAGUAUGGUCAGCUUUCAAGACAAGGCCAUCUACCCUCUGGGAAAUCGGGACGACGCUUGCUGGACGUUUUAUAGCGACUUCUCCACCGACACCCAGCCGGUAUACGACGCGUAUGCUCAGGCAGUCUCUUAUGGUGGCGCGGACGCCCCCGAAAACCACUUUGGUGCAAUUCUCGCAGCCAUGGAAUCCAGCAACAUCAGCUGGUCCCCUCUGGGUUCCGAGUACACUCGACUUAUUGUGGUCGUCACUGAUGCUGCGCCGCACCAUGCUGACGAUGGUCUCAACCCCGAUCCCGCGACCCUCAAGCCCUGGCAAGGGGAGUACUCCGAUGCCCAGGCAGCUGACCUUUGUCUCAAGACCUAUUACCCUUCCGCCCAGCAAAUGUACGACCAAAUCGUCGCCCGUCAAACCUAUAUCGCGGCACUCGUGUUUGACGCCGACUGGGAGAAAGGCUGGGCCGCAACUGGUUGGAAGACCUUCAACAGGUUCCUCGCCCAACCCGAAGGCAUGGUCGAACCCGAUGCUGAGGACUCCUCUGGCUUCUGGACACAGCUGUCGAAGAUCAUAGACGUGAUGGAGGCAGUUGAAUGCUCCACUGACACCACCACUCCUGCUCCUGCUUCUACGACCACUGCCCCACCUCCGGCUCCUACGACCACUACCCCACCUCCAGCUCCUACGACCACUACCCCACCUCCAGCUCCUACGACCACUACCCCACCUCCGGUUCCUACCACCACCCCUGCUGAGUGCCCCCCGGCUAUAGAGGUGACCGAUGGAGAUUGCAUUCCCACGCCGGAAAACUGUUACUGCCAGCCCGACGUGCUGAUCCAGUUGAUGGAGAAGCCGGACAGAUUCAACUUGGUCGGUGACGACCAGACCAUCGUCAAUUUUUAG